AUGUAUCUACGCACCGCCCUUCUUUCCUUGUCCGCCCUUGCGGCGGCAAAGGAAAUGCCCAAGGAUGAGUUCAGAGCCGCACAGCUUUACGACUCUGGUAUCAGGCACGAGAACAAUGUUGCCCUCAAGAAGGAGUCAUGGGCACGCCAGGAAGCUGCGGGCAUGUACAACUCUGCCCAAUACGCCGAAAUCAAAGACAAGGUGGAGUGCAUGAACGGCACCGCAAUCGCCGGACAGGACGUCUUCCGAUGCCAAAAUAUUGACUUGCUUCACUUCUUGUCGCACGCCGAGCUCGGCAGCACUCGCGGUGUCGGAUCUUCUUCAUGGGGCUGGACAUCUGAAGAUGGUCGCGAAUUCGUUGCCAUCGGACAACAAGAUGGCGCUGCGUUCGCUGAAAUCACUGCAGAGGGCAAGCUUUCGUACUUGGGUCGUCUACCCGCCUACUCUACGCCCAGCACGUGGCGCGAGAUCCGUGGCCAGAACAACCUGAUGAUCAUCGGUAGCGAGGCGGUCGGCCAUGGCAUUCAGAUCUUCGACAUGAAGAAGCUGAUCGACAUCGACCCUGCGUCUCCUGUCACCUUUAGCAAUGCUAAUGACCUCGUUGGCCAUUUCAAAGGCCUUCCUAACGGCCGAACACAUAACGUCGUCACAAACCCAGAGACAAACUUCAUCUAUGCCGUUGGUGCCCAGCCAAGGACUGACAAGUGCAAGUCGGGCAUUAUCUUCAUUGAUAUCACCGACCCCUCAAAGCCAACAAGCCCGGGCUGUGCAUCAGAGGACGGCUACGUACACGAUGCGCAAUGCCUCAUCUACCGCGGACCAGAUGCGGAAUUCGAGGGCCAUGAGAUUUGCUACGGCUACAACGAGGACUCGCUUACGAUCUACGAUGUGACUGACAAGAAGGUCCCGGUCAUCUUAUCUAACACUUCUUACGAAGGCGCGGCAUACACCCACCAGGGCAACGUUUUGGACCCCAUGAACCAGCAGUUUCUUUUGCUCGAUGACGAAUAUGACGAAUACGACAAAGUGGGUCCAGCGAUCCCUGGUCACCCCAUCACGUAUAUCUGGGACAUCUCAUCCCUCCGUGCGCCCAAACAGACUGGACUGUACAAGAGCGGAGCAAAGGGUAUCGACCACAACCAGUAUGUCGCGAACGGCUUUGCUUACCAAUCGAACUACGGCACCGGAUUCCGCGUUCUGGAUGUUCGCAGCAUCCCUGACGACCCGACUGGUGCUGGCGUGAAGGAAGUUGGGUUCUUCGACGUUUACCCGGAGGAUGACGACAUGCCUGGCGGCGGUACCGUCGACUUUGUUGGCACGUGGUCGAGCUAUGCAUUGUUCAAGAGUGGUCACAUCCUGAUCAACACCAUGGAACGUGGUGUUUUCAUUGUCAAGAUGCAGGAGGGGUUUGAGAGAUAG